UCCUAAGCAAAAACUUACCGACAUAUUUAAUAUAUAUCUAUAUAGCAAUCUCACCAGCUCUCUGUAUACAUAUAUAAACGCCCAGUUGCUACAACCGUAUCUCUAUUUGAUUCAUAUCUCUACAUUUCCAUCUUUACUAUUCUUUGGUGCAAUAAUUAGGACAGCGAAAACCAUGUUACUGAAACUAACAGUACUUUCAGUUUCUGUUCUCUUCAAUUGUUAUGUGAGUUUGGCCGCUGACCCGGAUCCAGUUCAGGACCUCUGCAUUCACAGCACAGAGUUGGCUUCUGGUUUACAGUGCAAGAACUCAUCAGAUGUUUCAGUGGAAGAUUUUGUAUAUUCUGGUAUUGCGCACCCUGGAGAAUUCAGUAAAGAAACUGGCUUAUCAGCAAUCUCUGUAAAUGUCAAUAUCUUUCCUGGAUUAAACACGCUAGGCAUGUCCUUUGUCCGUGCUGAUUUUGACAUUGAUGGCAUCAAUGUCCCUCAUUUCCAUCCUCGAGCAACGGAGAUUGCUUUUGUGCUUGAAGGGAGAGUUUAUUCAGGAUUUGUCGAUACAGAAAACCGGAUUUUCGCCAAGGUGAUUGAGAAGGGUGAAGUCAUGGUUUUUCCAAAGGGUCUGGUGCACUUUCAGAUGAAUGUUGGAGACAAGCCUGCUACAAUUUUGGGGAGUUUUAACAGUCAAAAUCCAGGUUUGAUAAGACUUCCCACGGCAAUUUUUGGUUCUGGCAUUGAAGAAAAGCUGUUGAAGAAGGCUUUUGGAUUGAGUGGAAAGGAGAUUUCCAAGUUGAGGAACAGGCUAACUCCUCAUGAAAAGAGCUAAAUAUGCAGGGUAUUCUUCAAUUCAGAUAGUAGAAUAAAGGUAUGCAGAUCAUCUCCGGAAAUUUUGUUAUUUUUUCCCUUGUGACCAGAAUUUACUUGGGGCUAAAUCCAAUUUCAGAUUUCAAUAUAUUUAGCAUGUAGUUAUUGUGAUUAAAUUUAAAGUGAUGAAUUUUCAACUUUUUA